CCCCCACUUCCCGGGUCGUCAGGUACGUACUUCGUACGGCUUAGUGUACCUACCUACUACCGAGGUAUGAUUAUGCAAAGCGACGUGUAUUCGCUUAUCCAUACGGCGCCCAGUAUGGAGCACUUUUCGUAUCUACCUGACCCUAUUGGUUCAAGUCAUCAAAUAUGCCUCUAUCGUCCCCCUGUCGGUACUCUGUAUCCGUACAGUCACAUCAAAUCGUAUUCCGCCGGGGGAUCAAAAGUCCAUCCGUCUCAUCUCGAGUCGCACCGCACCGCUCCGCACCGCUCCCGCUUGAGUGGGUGUGUGUGGGUGUGUGCUGAGCUGUCGACACCAAGUAUGUCUCGACUCACUGCACAAGAACCUCGCAUCCCCGUCAUCAUGGCCGAGUCCGACACGCCGAAAGCCCGACCUCAACCCUCCUGGUGUGCUGCGCAUGUGUUGGACUGGACCAAAGACACCCCGCCCCGCCGUGUCGAAAUCUUCCCUGGUAGCAGCGCGCUUUCUCUCUCGGUCCUUCGAAUGCGCCCCCUCAAGCUCCUUAAACCCCAGUCAGAAAUUCGUAUCCUCGACAUCGCCUACGGUCGUUGCGCCACUGCAGGCCUCUGAUACGCUAGCAAGUGGCCGUGCCCGGGCGGCACGCCUCGACGGCUUCAAUAAAGAAUGGCACUGAGAAAAAGGCUCAAUGAAGGAAUCGCAAGUAUCUGUGACGACUUAAUCCUCAUCCGCCAAGCCUUCAGCGCUCGAUUCAGAACCCGCCUGCCGUCGCUGCAGGCUAAGCUUCUGAACCAGCAACUUUAUUGCUCCGCUGGCCUCUCUGUGUUCAACGACCAGCCCUUACCUAGAUCACGUUUCCCACUAUUGCCUUCCC